GGUGCCCAUCUUCUCGAAUUUGGUAUGAGUCUAACAACUCUCCGGCAAAUGUCUGAUUAUCCAAUACUCGACCACUCUUGCUUCAAGUGUCAUGUAUCGGGCAAUGGUGAGGCAUCGGAGAUUGAUACUUCGGAACAAAUAAGCAUCGAAUUGGUGAGAUCUCCCAACUCCUUUGUAAAGUCGAGAAUUCCUUUUGAUGAAGGUCCAUUAGAUGAUCGCCAAAACCAAGGACGCGUAUUUAACGAUCGUCUAUACUCACGUGAAGGAGAUUUGCUUUUAGACUUUGUUUUCCGUUAUCUUGAAAUGUGGAUUGAAUAA